GUUUUUGUAUAAUCCAACCAGAAAAGCGUAGUAAUCGCGUAAACUAAAAAUAUAAAUUUUAUGUAAAAACUUCGUCAUAAAUAAAAAUAAAUCUCAUUGAAUAUCGCACUACAGUGUAAUAUACAGUAUGGAACAACACCUGCACGAUAGGGAUAGAGUUGGGGUCCAAGAUGCAGUAUUAUUAGAAGACUAUACGAAUCAAAAUGUUUUCGUAGAUAACUUGCAGAGACGAUUUAAAGAAGAUGUUAUUUAUACUUACAUAGGUCCAGUACUAAUAUCAGUGAAUCCCUAUAAAGAGAUUGACAUUUAUGACUCUAAGGCCAUCAAGGAAUACAAUAAUAAACAUUUUUUCGAAGUGCCGCCACAUGUAUUUGCCAUAACUAACAAUGCUUACACAUCACUUAAAGAAGAAAACAGAGACCAAUGUGUACUAAUUUCGGGUGAGUCGGGAUCUGGCAAAACCGAAGCUUCUAAAAAAGUUCUUCAUUACUUAGCAGAAGUCACCGAUCACCGAGGGGAUGUUGAAAAAGUAAAGGAUAAACUCCUUUUUUCAAAUCCUAUUUUAGAAGCGUUUGGUAAUGCGAAAACAAAUAGGAAUGAUAAUUCUAGUCGUUUUGGUAAAUACAUGGAUGUCCAAUUCAAUUUUGAAGGAAACCCAGUUGGAGGGAAUAUUCUGAAUUAUCUUUUGGAAAAAUCAAGAGUUAUAAGCCAAGUACCCGGAGAACGAAACUUUCACAUAUUUUAUCAAUUGUUAGCUGGAUCGAGUGAAGAAGAACGGGAAAAGUUACAUCUGAAAAGAAAUAUAUCGUCUUACUAUUAUUUAUCCAAUGAGCAAAAUGGAAGAGGUGUUAUUAAUGAUCAAAAAGACUUUAGAGAAAUAAAAAAGGCUUUCACUACGUUGGAAUUUUCAGAAACAGAACAACAAGAUUUAUUUUCAAUUAUAUCGGCUAUAUUACAUCUAGGAAAUGUUGGAUUUUCUGAAGAAGAUGGAGUUUCAGUCAUUCUGAAACCUGAUGAAGUUGACAUCAUUAGCAAGCUUUUGAAAUGUGAUAAAGAAAAGCUGGAAUUGUCAUUAAAACAACGAACAAUCGAAGCUAUUUUAGAUGUCGUUACCAGCCCUUUGAAUAGAGAAUUGUCUGUGUAUGCCAGAGAUGCUCUUGCUAAAGCGAUAUAUGAUAGGGUAUUCACAUGGCUGGUUAGCAAAAUCAAUAAAUCAUUACAACCCCCUAGGACUAUGAGGAAUGUUGUGAUGGGUAUAUUGGACAUUUAUGGAUUUGAAAUAUUUGAAAGAAACAGUUUUGAACAACUCUGCAUCAACUUCUGCAACGAAAAAUUACAGCAACUCUUUAUUGAUCUAACAUUGAAAUCUGAACAAGAUGAAUAUGAGAAAGAAGGAAUUGUUUGGCAACAUAUCGAAUAUUUCGACAACAAAAUUAUAUGCGAUUUAAUUGAAGAAAAACACAAAGGUUUAAUUGCUUUCAUGGAUGAAGAAUGUUUGAGGCCAGGAGAUCCAACAGAUAAGACUUUACUCGCUAAAUUAGAUAAACAUCUAAGCUAUCAUCCCCAUUAUAUUAGUCACAGAAAAGCAGAUACCAAACUCCAAAAAAUUAUGGGACGAGAUGAAUUUCAACUUAUUCACUAUGCAGGUGCUGUUACAUAUAAUAUUAAAUCCUUCAUUGAUAAAAACAACGAUUUACUCUUUAGAGAUUUGAGAGAAGCCAUGUUAAGCUCGGAUAACUCCAUUAUCAAAUCUGUAUUUUUCGAAUUUGAACAAAAAAGUAAAAAGAGACCAGAAACUGCAGUUACUCAAUUCAAAACAUCAGUUAAUAACCUCAUGAAUAUUUUGAAAGAUAAGGAACCUUCUUAUAUAAGAUGUAUUAAGCCAAAUGACAACAAAAGUUCAGGUAUUUUUGACUUUGACCUCGUAAGCCAUCAAGUAACAUAUCUUGGAUUAAUGGAAAAUUUGAGAGUUCGUAGAGCUGGGUUUGCUUACAGACGAGAUUACGAAAGGUUCUUGAAGAGAUACAAAUGUUUAUGUAAACAAACGUGGCCGAACUAUACCGGAAAUGCUAAAAACGGUGUACAAACAUUGGUUGAAGCUCUAGGUUACACAAGUGAUGAAUACCAGAUGGGAUUAACGAAAAUAUUUAUUAGAUAUCCAAAAACAUUAUUCAAAACUGAAGAUGCCUUCCAACUAAAGAAACAUGAUAUUGCUUCUAUAAUUCAAGCACAAUGGAAAGGAUAUCUUCAGAGGAAAAGAUACAAAAAAAUGAAAGAAUCUGCUAUUAUUAUACAGAAAUAUAUAAGAAGGUUUUUAGCUAAGCGUCUAGCAGAGAGACGAAGGAAAGCUGCAUUUACGAUUAGAAGAUUUAUCAAAGGCUUCAUUACAAGAAAUGGUGAACCGACUGAAGAAAAUAGAGGAUUUUUAGGAAUGGCUAAAGUUCACUGGUUGAAACGCCUAUCGAAAAGUCUUCCUAAACACCUUCUUGACAAGAACUGGCCUCCAGCUCCUUUCGUUUGUAGAGAAGCUUCAAGACAUUUACAACGAAUGCAUGGAGCUCAUUUAUCGAGGAUAUAUAGACUGAAACUUACACCAGAAAGAAAGAAACAAUUAGAUAUGAAGGUACUGGCGGAAAAAUUGUUUAAAGAUAAGAAAAAAACAUAUUACGAUAGUAUUCCACAGCUUUUCGUGGAAGACAGAGUACAAGAAUUAAGCAUUCCUAUGAAAGAACUGUACACAUCACAAUUGAACGGCGAUAAAGAAGUUUAUUCCACAGAUGUCAUCAAAUAUGACAGACAUGGAUAUAAGCCAAGAAAUAGAAUUUUGGUUAUUAGCAAGAAACAUCUUCAUUUACUGGAAUGUAAAGGUUCUUUGAAGCCAAAGCAUUGUUUGCCAUUAAAUAGACUUAAUUUUGUCAUCACCCCACAAAAUGAUAAACUACUAGUAGUACAAAUACCUGAGGAUUUGAUGAAAAAAGAUAAGGGUGAUUUGAUUUUGGAAGUGCCAUACUUAAUAGAAGCUUUGACAUAUAUCAUGGAUACACUUGAAGAUACCACUGUUUUAAAAAUUAUUGACAAAUCCCAAUUUGACCAUAAUAUGAGAGGAAAACAAGGAGUAAUUGAUAUUCAGCAUGGAGAUGUACCUGCAAUUCAUAAAGAUAAGAGUGGCCACCUGUUAAUAGUUGUGUCACCUUGAGAUUUACACCAACAUUAAACAAUUGUGCCAUCCACAUUUUACUUACUGUGAAUUUGUUUAUAAAUAUUUUGUUGUAUUAGUAAUUUAUUUUAAAAUGAAGCUAUUUUAUUACUAUGUUGAAAGAUUUUAACGAUUUUUUAAUUAAGAUGCCAUAAAAUUUGACAAUAUAAGAAUAGGUAAUAACUGAUUCAAAAAAUAUAUCAAAAUUAUGCUUCUCUACUUCAUGUUAUGUUUUAAAAAUUUUAAUAAAUCUUAAUAUUUCA